AUGGCGGGCAGCUUGAAGCUCAAUGUUGAUGGUUCUGCCCUGUCUAAGCCAGGGCCAGCGGGAGGAGGAUGUAUCUGCCGAGAUAGCAACAGUAACCUUGUGUUUGCAUUCGCCGAAGGUUAUGGGUCCUCUUCGAACAACAGGGCCGAGCUUCGUGCGCUGCACGACGGCCUGAAGCUAUGCAUCAGCCGCGGUUUGCUUUGUGUCUCCAUUGAAUCCGACUCAAAAUGGGUGGUAGACUGCAUCAAUUGGAGGUCCUCAUUUGCAUGGAAAUGGAAGUAUUGGUUUUCUAGGAUCCAAAAGCUUUCCUUGAAAGGCUCCUUUAGAUGCUCGCUCAUCCCUAGAGAGGCUAAUGGUCCGGCCGAUGGUUUAGCAAAGUUGGGUAGUUCGACUCAAGCAGAUUCUCUCGUCCUACAAGUUUCCAGCCUUCCUCACUUGCUCCGAGGAUCUUUUGUCCCUGGUCCUGCCAGCAUCCUUAUACCUGUAAAUUUUUGGCAUAUCAAUGAAAUGAAUCUCUUCCUUUAG